AUGGAGAAUGAUGGCAAAGAGUCAUAUAAGGAUGGUGAUCAAUCGAAGGAUUUAAGUGUUGAGUAUGAGUGCAGUUCCGAUGAAAGUAAUGAUAUGAUGGAUGUAACUGUAGAUGAAGCAGAGACAGAUAUAAUUAAUAUUGAUGGUUUUAAAAAGUUGAUAACUGAUUUGACCAUCGAAGACAUACGGGGACUGAUGUUUGAUACAAAAUCUCAAGUUUGUGAAUUUUAUGCCAAAUAUGCCCAGUGCUAUGGAUUUGUGUCACGAAAAGACUUGAAGACGGUGGAUGCUAAUGGCAACAUUAAUACAAGACAAUUGGUUUGCAAUAAAUUAGGAGAAAGACAUUGGAAGCACCUUAAAAAGGAUAAUCGGCAAAGGGAGCGUAGGGCAAUUACUCGUGUCAACUGCAGGGCGAGAAUUCGUUUCAUUAGUCACUAUAGAACGAGUGGAUACAAUAAAGUGGGUUUUACCAGCAAAGACUUGCAUAACCACAUUAGUAAGACUAGGCGUGGCAAAGUACAAGACGGUGAUGCAUUUGCUACGUUGGCCUAUCUGUUGUCUAAGGCAGACAGUGACCCAUUAUUUCUAGGAAAGUUCACCUUAAAGGAUGGUAGGUUGGAUAAUUUGGUGUGGACUGAUGGAGAAAGCAUUGUUGAUUACGAAUGUUUUGGCGAUGUACUCGCUUUUGACACCACUUACAAGAAAAAUGUCUACAACAAGUCCUUAGUAAUAUUUUCAGGGACCAACCACCAUGGCCAAACUACUAUUUUUGGAUGCGCUCUGCUCUCAGAUGAAAGGUCCGAAACUUUCAAGUGGGCACUGAAGAAAUUUUCGGAAAUCAUGUUAGGAAAACUAUCCGGAGGCGUUGUGACAGACGGAGACCGUGCUAUGAGAGAGGCUAUCUUAGAAUUUACCGUACAAAUAUUUAAAGAGAGAUGGAGCGAGAUCAUAUCCAAAUAUGAACUUGCCGAGAAUGAAUGGGUCCAAGGCAUUUAUAAUGACAAAAUGAAGUGGGAUACCGCAUAUUUGAGGGAGCACUUCUUUGGUCACAUAAGAACUACAUCACAGUGUGAGGAAAUUCAUUCAUUAUUGAAGAACUAUGUUGACAGUAAAACCAGUCUCCUUGAAUUCAUGCAUAAAUUUAGUGAAGUACUAAGGCAUUACCGAAACAACCAUCUUACUGUUGACUUUGAAACCUUUUAUAAGUUUCCCGUUUUGACUACGUGUUUGAAAAAUUUUGAGAAACAAGCUGCUGAACUUUAUACUAGAAAUAUUUUCAAACUUGUGAAAGAUGAGAUAGAAGCAGCAGGUGCCUUAAAUGUGACUGAAUACCCAAAUAGUGGAGACAUUGUUGAGUACAACACGAGUGAGUAUUUUAAUCAGCAAUGA